AUGGCGAUGCGUCAGCGACGGCGGCGGGAUGAUGCUCAAAAAGAAAAUGUACGCUUGCGGCUGAUUGUUGAGCGGAAGCGGAAGAUGGCCACGGGGCUGAGCGCGCUGCUGCGCAAGCGACUUACUCAACAGGGAGCCGAAUGCUCGCGUGGCAAAGGCCAACUUUGCACUGAGCGACGUACAACUUGUGUACUCGACUUCCAAGGCGACAUUGGUGACUUCCACGACCUUUUCCAGCAUCUCCAGUGUGCGUAUCACGAAGUGGACGCCGUGUUUGCAGCUAGUGGACUAGCAAGUAUGGAGAUCCCGACGAAUGACGUCCACGUUCGAGAAGGUGUCGAUGGCAAGUACAUCGAGAUAUUUGCCAACAAACUACUGCCAUUCAGUCUCCGAGAUACGGGUGAGGCUGCAUGGAACCACUUCAAGGGAGUGGAAAAGCACUUCGACAACGGCGGAUUGUAUGAGAAAGCAGCCAAGAAUCUCGACCAGCCGUACACUAUUAUCGAGGACUUUACGAAAGAAAUGUUCUCCAACAACUCGCGAGCAGAUGUAAAAGCAAAGCAGAUCGUGCAGCGCAUUGUCGACCCUGAUCGUGACAUGAUCCUCUUCGUGUCAAGCGUGACGCCCGUCGAGAUCAAGCACAAACCACUUGAUGGACUGGUGUACCACGCACGAGAGUACGCUCUAACCAAGCGGUUUUCAGACUCCACUCCAGAGCACGAGCUCUCGCUGUUACAACUGUACGUGCGAAUCUCAUUCGACUAUGAUCCUGGUGUUGUAUACGACUCGCGCCAUGUCCGGUCGGUCGUCCAGUUCGUAAUUGGUAACGUUGGAGGGAGUCUCCGCGGCUACCAAGAACGCAUCGAAAACGCGUUGAUCGACCAAGCUCUAAGGCAGCACUAG